AUGCUUAAAACUGACAGAAUAAACCAACACACAUUCAACCGAGCACUGUUCUGGAGAUACUUAGAUUAUCAUGAUUUUAUGAUGGGAGAUGGUAAUGGAGUGAAGGGAAGGGGACACGUUUUAAGCAAGCAUUUAAACAAAGAAGUUGAGAAUCAUUUAUUCAAGCAGAUUAUAGAAAACAUGUAUGUAUGUCUGACUUUGAGGGUUAAAUUUAUCCCAGGGCUAAUCAGAUUUGUCAUGGAAAGAAUCUUUAAAGGUCUUGUGGAGGUUUUAAUGUAUUUUUGGCAUUUUAUGAUCGCGUCUUGUUGUCGACAAAUCAUAGAAAGGAAUCUGAUUAAACGAGCACAAAGAUUUGCAAUUAAUUAUUUCUCAAACACGAGGCUUUCUGUCAGUGACAUCAAUCAAUAA